AUGGCUUUCGAAGUGAUGGAUUUCGACUUGGCUGGAAUGCCUCAUCAGAUAAGUUCUUCUGAUCAGUCUCCAUUGUCAAGUUCUAGUGCAUCAACUAAGUGCCUGCUUGUGCCAUCUUGUAGUCCUAACCAUGGGGAGUGUAGUUCGGAAGUUGUCCUAACCAUGGGGAGUGUAGUUCGGAAGUUGGAGAAUUUGAGAGCAGAUUUUUCACAAAAUACUAGCCUUCCACCAAUUGCCUUGCAUAAUUCUUUCUUAGCAAGACUUUUUGUGAAUGCUGACACUAUUGAGUUGAACUUGAAUGGGUAA